AUGCAUUGGUCACUAAGAGAUCCAAAACACCCAAAGAAGGCGGCCCUAUCCACUGAGUUUAUCUUUAGUGCAGCCGUAGAGGAGUAUAUCGUGAGCGUAUCAACGAAGAGACACAUGUUAGAGAGACAAGCACACAGUCAUAAUCACUAUUCAGCAGCUGGUUCGACGCUUGCUUCAUUACACUAUGAAGAGAUAGAAUCUAAGGAGACUCAAAUCAAGUCUUAUUUGGAUUCUUAUAUGACAACAAAUCAAAUAUUAUCAACCCUCUAUAACGACAAUCGAGAAUCGAUUAUCAAGCUAAGAGAUAUCUACAAUAAGAAAAGGAAGCUGCGAGACAAAUUCCUUGAUGGCAAGACACCAGUCCAGGCCCUUAUUAGUGUCGUUCCAGAUAAUAGAUUUAGCUUUAUCUUAGAUGAAAAGGAAGAGAGCUAUAAGUUCAUCUUGGAAUGCUUGGCUAAGGUCUAUGCUCAAGUAGAUCUCCUGUUGCCAAACUACAUCCUGACUGAUAAGGAUAUGGCCUUAAUGAAUACAAUCACCACACAUAUUGAAAAGAAUAUUCUUACACGUGUUCGCCCUAUUCUUACAAAUGAAGUGCUCCAUACAAUCUAUUCUGGAAAUCCAGCUGCCGUGAAGAAGGAUAUCACAAAGUACAAGACCCAUAUUAAGUCACAGUGGAAGGAUUUUUUCAGGUCAUUCAACAAGAUUGUAUACGCGAAGACUAAGGAGGAGAAGGAUGAAGCAGUGAAUUCCUUUAAAGUUGAAUAUAGUAGUGAAACCUGGCAGGAAGUCAUGGACUACAUUGAUUCAGAAUGGCUUAAUAAUAGUAUCACUCAACGAUUCCUUCACUGCUAUCUCUUAAACAUCAAGCAUUUUGGUUAG